AUGACUGGCUCCAUCGCGGCGCGUCAAGCGGUCAUGCUCGAGUUCGCAACGCUCGGAGCUUCGUCCACGUGUCCUCUCGGCAUGUACGUGCUGCCCACAAGCGACGAUGUCUUCAGUACGUGCAGGACUCGUAUUUUUCGCCGAAGCGCUGCCUGGACUAAAAUGCCUAUGGAGCCUGUCUGGCAGCAUGGCAGUGUGUCUUGUUCAUUCAUCGGGGCUACUUCCGCGACUCGGUCCUCAGAUUCUCCAUGACAAUGGCACCCACGUACCCGUCCCGCCUCCCUCCUACGAUCACAUUUAGCACCAACGUGUUCCACCCUCUAGUCGAUCCAGCAACAGGCCGAUUCCACCUCGGCGAUCGAUUCAGCCCUUGGACUCCCGGGCGCGACUACCUCUUUCACGUGCUGCACCACGUCAAGAAUGCGUUCAAGAGGGAAGGUCUCGAUGCGGUGCAGCAAGAGAACUGCGGAAAUCCCGAAGCCUGGAAGAUGUGGGUGUCGGCCCUCUCCGAUGUCGAUCACUGAUUUGCCCCUCCACGUGCCCGAUUCAGCCCCUGACCAAAGACUCUGAAUAUGAAUACUCUCGCUACUGGUCGCAGAUACCAUGACCAGACGGCUCUAUUCGCCAAGUUAGCGUCACAGACAUCGGCGCUGUCCAUCACCCCCGAAUCACUAUACACACCAAGCUCGUCCUACGCAAAUUCGAUCCGGUUUGACCCCCUUCGGUCCAUCUCGUUUCGACCGCUCGAGGAAGGCGAGGAAGAGAUCCUCACUCGGAGACUUGAGGACGAAGCGAAGGCCAAGAUCAGCAGUUGA